AUGGACGACCUACGCUACUCGUGGUACGCCAAGUUCAGAGAAACCUUGCGUCGAGGCUCGCUCACGCUAAACGAGGGCAAAAAGCCGUUGGCGAUGUACGACAUGUGCGUGAGCGGCACUCAGUCAUCGACAAACGCCACAAAGAUUCCGCUGAUAGUGGAAUUCGAACACCAUCUGCCACCUAAGUGGCGAGGAUUUUCUAAUGCUAGUGUCUCGACGGCUAGUUUCGCUUUGUGGCUUGCCUACAAGUGGCAGUCGCCCUUAUGGCUUUCUGUAGACGUAUUCAGUGGCCGCACAUCGUUCAGAGUGAAGCGACGCGUAGUGGUCAAGCCUGGAACCUACGCUCCAAUAUUUCUCGCCCAACAUCGCAAGGUAAUGGGCUUUUACAACCAGUACAUAAAGGCGUAUGUAGCCGCUGUCUUUCCGCAACGCAACAGCAGCACUCCUGGACUGAGCGACGCGCUUAUCGCCGAAAUACGGGACAUGGAGACGGACGUCCUGGAACAGUUCAACUCCGUUUUUGAGCAGAGGAAGCAGGCUGCCUCGUUUUCUUUCGGCGAAUUCGACGCCAUGGUCGCUAACAACCAAUCUACUAUCAAAGGUGGCUGGUUUAAGAGUUUUGAAGCGGGCCUGUUGCUGCAUCCGCAGCUGACACCGGAAGACGAGCUCCUUCUAAGUCAUGCUCCUCUGCUUGGGAUACUAGCUAGACUGGUUGAGAAAUAUGGUGACGUAAAUAUGAAGUACCUUUUAAUGUGGGAAUUCAUACAGCUAUACUUCCCUCUCAGUAACCUCAGCCUCCUGGCUACUCGCUUUGGAAGCGAGCGCAAGGCGGACGUCGAACGUCCCAUAUACUGUGCUCACCACGUGGAGGCAUCAUUCAAGGUACUCCUCCUUUCCUUAGGCGUCGUUGCCCACUUCUCUGCUGAACUGCGCAAUAGCAUCGAUGCGCGCUUCGACGGACUUGUCGCAAUGGCAGUGAAGAAAGUCAAGAGCUCAGCCUGGUUUGGCGCGGACAGCAAACUCCAAAUUGCGAAUAAGUUGGCACUCGUCAGUAAACGAAUGUGGCCACCGAAGUCUCUUCUGGUGCAAAAGAACCUCGAGAGAAUAUACGCUGACGUGUUCGGGAACGGAAAAUCCGUCGCCGAGUUUUGGAUCCAAGCCCACGAGGUAAUGCUUAAGCCAAGGGCCACUAAAGCUUUCGAAGAAGCAUCGCGCCUACUAGGCAACUACUUACCACUGUACGUUGACUACGACUACGCAUUGAACAGCGUCAAGGUGGCCACCGCCACCGUGGCUCCUCCAUCGUAUUACAGUAAUGGUACGCUCUCCAUGUUUUACGGAGGCCUCGGUUUCCUUAUGGCUAUGCAGCUGGUCAAGUCCAUCGACGGAGAAGGACUUCGGUGGACGGAUGACGGAUCUCUCGUAGAGUCCAUUCUGCCAAAUAACAGUCGCCGUGCCUAUGACGACAAGGUCAGUUGCCUCGGUGCACCGGAAGAAAACAUCUUUCCGGAAAUACCAGCUCUGGAGAUCACCUACUCAUCCUUCAAAGAAGCAACGCUUCGCGGUGAGCCAGACCUCGCCCUCAGUUCUGAACUGACAAGUGGGAAGGUAUUCUUCUUGACUAUUUGCUACAUGACGUGCACGGAAGCUGGCUACUACAACCCUAUGGCUGCCGACUGCAACAAGCUAGUGCGGAAUUCGGCCUAUUUCGCCGAAACUUACGAAUGUCCGAAAGGAUCCUCAAUGAACCCCGAAAGAAAGUGCUCUUUUUUCAGUUGA